AUCCGUGAGCGCGACGCAGCCUGCGCCCGCUGCAGAGCAGGAGCAUCCGCAGGGCGCCCGCGCCUCCUGCCGCAGCAUGGGGGCUCUGCCUGGAUAUGAGGUGUUGAAGGGAAGAAGAGUGUAACGCUUGGCCGUCCACCUUGCGCACAUAACCAUACGGAAUGGAGACCAAGGAAGAGAAGAAGGACCGAAGGCAGGGCUAUUUUGCUCGUUUGAAAAAGAAAAGGCAAACGAAGCAAAACGCCGAGACCAUCUCUGCCAGUUCCCCUGGUUCUCCUGUUUCCAAAACUUCUUCUGAGAAAGAUGAUGAAAGUAAAGCCAUUCUGGAGCAGAUCAGUUCUUCUGAAGACAACUGUAGAUUUGCUGGGGAGAAGGAAACUGCUUCGGACAAAGAAAAGAAAAAGAAAAAAUAUAAUCAACUGAAAGACAUCAGGCGCACAGAGCUUAAAAGAUACUAUAGUACUGAUGACAAUCAAAACAAAACCAAUGAAAAGAAGGAGAAGAAAAUGGUUUCCCAGAAACCCCAUGGCACCAUAGAAUACACUGCUGGAAAUCAGGACACUAUAAACAGCAUAGCAYUAAAGUUCAACAUCACGCCAAACAAGCUUGUGGAACUCAAUAAACUUUUUACACACACGAUUGUUCCAGGACAGAUUCUCUUUGUGCCAGAAGCAAGUGCUGGGAGGCUGUCCUUCAGCCCUGCUGCUCCCGUUUCUCCUUCGUCGUCAGACGCUGAAUAUGAUAAACUGCCUGAUGCUGAUUUGGCAAGAAAGGCCUUCAAGCCAGUGGAGAGAGUCCUGUCCUCUACGUCAGAAGAGGAUGAGCCUGUGGUUGUCAAGUUUUUAAAAAUGAAUUGUCGCUACUUCACGGAUGGCAAGGGUGUAGUUGGAGGAGUCAUGAUAGUAACUCCAAACAACAUCAUGUUUGACCCACAUAAGUCUGAUCCUCUGGUAAUUGAGAAUGGCUGUGAAGAAUAUGGGCUCAUCUGCCCCAUGGAGGAGGUUGUCUCKAUAGCUCUCUACAAUGAUAUUUCUCACAUGAAGAUUAAAGAUGCAUUGCCAUCUGACAUACCAAAGGAUCUUUGUCCUCUGUACAGGCCAGGAGAAUGGGAAGACCUUUCAUCUGAGAAAGAUAUCAAUCCUUUCAGCAAAUUCAAAUCCCUGAGCAAGGAGAAGAGGCAGCAGAAUGGCAUUUCAUCCACUGCUCUGGGUGCCAAACAAAUAAAGCCUUUGGAUACAGAAAAGUCUGCUGAUUUUGAAGUUCUUCAGUCUUCUGAGAGUACGGGCUCAAUCAAGUCAAGAUCAUUGGAGUUUUCCAACAACAUCACUGCCACUGAGCAUCUGGAGAAGUCUGCUGCAGAGCCACAUGCCAAGGAGCUUUCUGGGGAAAAGAACGUGUCAGACAUCAAAACCAAAGAGAAGUCCCUCCUGGGAGGAGGAGAGGAUGAUUUCAUUGAGCUGGAGGAGACGUCAUCUUGUGUGGACAGAGGGUUGAACAGCAAAAGCUCAGUAAUGGAAGGACUCCCUGACCCCAGGGAGUUGGGGAGAACGAAGCAGCAGGUAACCAAACCCACCACAGAAGUCCAGGAGCACUUGACAGUUGAUUCCUUGGAAAAAAAGGACAGUAUUGAACCCAAAGCUGACUUAGACUUAGAGCUCUGUGAGAAGCAAGAUGUUAUUCCAGAAGUAAACAAAUGUGUCAGUUCCCCAACAGGUAAGGUGGAGACUGCAUUGGACACUAAGAAAGAGCUAGAGAAAGAUAAACUGAUUGAAUUUUACCUCAAUAAGGAUGGGAAUGGGUCUCAGUCAUCUGAAGACUUGUACAAGGCUGAAAUCCGGAAAGGUGAAAACAAUAAAGCAAUUGGCAUAGACCUUACACUUAGCAGUUCGAAGUCCCAGGCUACUGAAGUCCAUACAGUUAAAAGUAUGGAGCUUGAAUCCUGCUGUUUUGAAAGGAAAGCACCUUCACUAGAAGUCAGCUCAGCAGCAGCAGAGAACAAGGAUCUGAAAGAGUCUGUGGGCUCUUCGUUAGUACCAGCUGUAGACAAGACCUGCCAAGAAACACAGAUAGACAAUCAAUCAGAAAUCAGACUGUGGCUGCUGCAGAAAAUUCAAGUGCCAAUUGAAGACAUGCUUCCUUCAAGAGAGGAGAAGAGCAAGACGCCUCCAAUGUUCCUGUGCAUUAAAGUGGGCAAGCCCAUGAGAAAGUCCUUCGCGUCGCAGAGCACUGCUGUGUCCCAGCAGUACAGCAAAAAGAUCAAGCAGCCGGAGUACUGGUUCGCUGUUCCUCGGGAAAGGGUAGAUCAUUUAUACACGUUUUUUGUUCAAUGGUCGCCAGAAAUAUAUGGGAAAGACGCCAAAGAGCAAGGUUUUGUUGUGGUGGAGAAGGAGGAGCUUGAUAUGAUAGACAAUUUCUUCAGUGAGCCCACUACUAAGAGCUGGGAGAUCAUUACUGUGGAAGAAGCCAAAAGACGAAAGAGCGUUUGCAGUUACUAUGAAGAAGAAGACGAUGACACUUUACCUGUCCUAAAGCACCACAGUGCCCUCCUGGAGAACAUGCACAUAGAGCAGCUCGCCCGGCGCCUGCCGGCCAGGGUGCAGGGCUACCCGUGGCGGCUGGCGUACAGCACCCUGGAGCACGGCACCAGCCUCAAGACCCUGUACCGCCGAUCGGCAGCCCUCGACAGUCCCGUUCUGCUCGUCGUCAAGGACAUGGACAACCAGAUAUUUGGAGCAUAUGCUACACAUCCUUUCAGGUUUAGUGACCACUACUAUGGCACAGGCGAAACAUUCCUCUACACAUUCAGUCCCAAUUUCAAGGUAUUUAAAUGGAGUGGCGAGAACACCUACUUCAUCAAUGGAGACAUGAGCUCCCUGGAACUCGGGGGCGGAGGUGGCCGGUUUGGUUUAUGGUUAGAUGCAGAUUUGUAUCACGGACGAAGCAAUUCCUGCAGCACCUUCAAUAAUGACAUCUUAUCUAAGAAAGAAGAUUUCAUAAUACAAGACGUGGAAGUAUGGACAUUUGAAUGAAUUACUGACUGCCUUAAGGACUGGAUCCGUUAGGCACUUAAGCGCUGAAGAGAAGGUGCAGGCUGCCUCACAACGUUACCCGCUUUUUUUUCUCAAGUUGUACUGGAGCAUGACUAYGCCAACAAAAGAACAUCUGUUGUGAGAGGCAGGAAGAGACAGGACAGUGAAUAUCAACUUGAGGUGUUUUUUACUUCCUCCUCUCACGCGUCUCCAUCGAUGAUAUGUUGCUUAUGAAAACAUUCACGGUGUAUGAGGUGAAAACUUUUCCUGUAACUGUGAAAAAGAUACUGUGGGAAAGCUGUAACUAUCUAGUACAUUCCGUGUAUAUUUAUGUUCAACAUAUAAAUGCGAACCAAAAAUAAAAGGUUGCGUUACCAAAAUCUACAGCAUACUGUUUGCCAUGGAAAAAAGUCUGAAGGUGUACACAGCACUUAAGGGAACAUGUUUUUAAGGUCUUUUUAUUUAUUGUUAUUGUAUAGCUUUUUUUUUUUUUGUAAUGCCUGAGUUUUUCUUUUAGGUUUUCAAAUAUCCAUUUGAUAAACAGUUGUUAUUCAGGUAGGUUUCAUAUGCGUUGGCAUUUAUUGCGAAUCGAUCUAUUUGAUUUCUGAAGUUAGCUUUUAUAUUUUCAUUUUGUACAUGAGAUUUGCUUUCCACUUUGCCCUCCUCAGAGGGUGUGUUUUCCGUCAGAGACACGUGAGUGCUUAAUCCCGUUUUUCUGUGCCCUGAGGGAAGGGGAGAUCAUGCUUCCCAGCGGUGCUGUGCCCGAUCCUCUGGCAGCGGCAGCCGGAGGGCACAGCAGCACUCACUGAGCGGCCGUCCUGGCCCUGUCCAGGGCACUCACUCAAGCCCUUCCCAUGGGAGAUGGGUCUCUGUGGCACCACCAAGUCAUUCAAAACAAGCCACCCCCCGUGCUUUUUUGAGCCCUUCUUUGGAAAUCGAAGGAUAUCUUUUUUGUUCAGGGGAAAAUAUCUGGAUCUGGAGAUGCAGAGAAGAGCGUUGUUUCCCUAACUGUCCGGGUCAUGGUGGUGUAAUACCUGCUUCUGUAGGAAUUAAUAAAUGAUUUUCUUCCCGAGAAAGACUUGAAGCAACAGGCUGCUUUAGGAUAUGACAGGCAACUAAAUAUUUUUGUUUUUUGUGAAGUACUUGUCACUUUUUCCUUUCCCCCCCCUCAACACUAAGAAGAUGCUGUGUUAUAAAGCUAGGCUGAACUCUAAAACAGGUCAGUGCUGUGGAAGUUUCAGCAUCUAGGGAAAAAUGUAACUGAAGCUCGUUUUCUGAAGCAUUCUGCUUUGCAAUUAAGCUAUAGUUUAAACAAAUGUUGAAACAAUUCCAAGCCUGCCAAUAUAGACUUUCUAGCAGCACUAGGAUGUUUUGUCCUACCCUUAAAACCCAGAGCAUCGUUGUCCUGAAAAAGGCAGGUUGUAGAAAUGGCAACAUGCUUCCUUUAAGCAGUACUGCCUAAUUUUGGGAUAUUAGUAAUUGAGUAAUACAACUCAAUUUAGUUCCUGCUUUUCCCCUUUGGAAUAUAUUCAAAAAUAGUAAAAAAGAUGAGCAGUUUUCUUUCAAGAACAACAACAAAUCUUAAUCCUGCGUAGAAAUUUCACA